CAGCAGGCACUUCAGUUCCCCCCCUCCUCUUCCUCUUCCUCCUCCUGCAAAGCUAACACCGCUUCAACAAAGCGACACCACCGAUGGUCGUUCUCAUCUCCGCGGAAGAAAAGUCCCGCCGGAGGAGGAGUGAAGCUGUACCCGGGCCUGUCAUCACCUCCCUGGAGGACGCCGCUCCAAGCCGAGCCCCGCCGGUGGGACCUGGGCUCAGCUAGCCGCCUGCUAGCUAGCAUGCUGUCGCCCCUCCACAUCGCAAAGCUCUCCCGGGACUAACCUCGUCAUGACCGAGUUAAGAGGUCGGAAGACGGGGAUCCAGGAGGGGGAUGCAGACUCCGAGCGGAGCCAGGCUGAGCCGGAGCCGCAGACCGAAGGUCCGAACGAGGCGGGGACAGCCUCCAGCGGUGCAGGGGACGAUGCCCAGCAGCAGAGGAGCGAUGGAGGUGAAAAGGAGGACGGGGGACAGAGACAGGAGGACUCGAACACAUCCGGAGCUUCAGGGAAAACCUCACGGAGGUCUUCUACAUCCGGUUUCCUGCAGCGUGUGGUGAGGGUGUUCUUCGGCUGCCUGGCGGCGGUUGCCUGUGGCGUUCUCUACGCCGUGUAUCUCUCAACGUACCACGACAGGAAGUUCUGGUUUUCCACUCGACAGGAGCUGGAACGUGAAAUCACCUUCCAAGACGGCAGUGGGCUCUACUACUACUACUACAAGCAGCUGCUGGAGGCCCCGUCCUUUGAAAGAGGCUUCUAUGAGCUGAUGAUAGACAACAGGACCGUCUCAGGUCAAACCAUCAACGCAGUGGAGCGUCUGUCUCUGUAUCCAGAGCUCAUCCUUAGCUUUGUGUACAGAGUCACAGGGAGCCAGGACAUCGUGGAGCCGAUCUACUUCUAUGUGGGCGCUGUCUUCGGCCUCCAGGCGGUCUACGUCACCGCGCUGUUCGUGUGCAGCUGGGUGAUGAGCGGCACGUGGGUGGCCGGCAUGUUGGCCGUGGCCUGGUACGUGAUCAACAGAACAGACACAACCAAAGUGGACCAUGCUCUUCCACUGCGGGACAACUGGGCUCUGCCUUACUUCUCUUGUCAGGUGGCGGCUUUGACCGGAUUCCUGAGUAACAAUAUCUCCUCUGCCACUGAGAUGUUUUGCUAUCUCACCAUGAGUGCCAGCACCUUCACCUUCCUCCUGGUGUGGGAACACAGCCAUUAUGUGCUCUUCAUCCAAGGCCUCUGUCUGUUCCUGCUCGACUCCUUCGACCUGGUGCCGUCACGUAAGAUGGCUGAUAUCCACAAAGUGUACCUCAGCUCCUUGUUCCUGGCCUACUUGUUCCAGUUUCAGAACCCGACCUUGCUCAGCUCGCCGCUGCUCAGCCUCCUGAUUGGCUCCGUGCUAGCGAGGUACUUCCAGUUGUUUUCUGUAUUUGUAUCUCAGCAAAGGAUGAAGAUGGGUCCUCUGGUGGCCAGAGUGAUGAAGCUCUUCCUCCAUUUCCACCUGGUCUUUACCACAGGGAUCACCUUUAGUUACCUGGUCAAGAAACUUAUACCUGUAAGUGACGGCGACUUCAUAUUGAAGUUCCUUGAAGUAAAAUUUGGGCUCAACACAACAACGGACUUUGUCACCAACCUGCUCCUGUGCCAGGAGACUCUGCAGAGUCCGGGUCAGGAUUUGUUCCUGCGACUGACGCAGGCCUCAGUUCUUCCCUUUUACUUCCUGGUGCUCACUGUGUGUCUGCUGUCCACCCUGCAGACCAUCUACAGAAGACUCAGUGGUCAGCCAAUGAAAACCAACCUCCGGCUUGAAGAUGGGCGAAUAGGAGAGCAGCCUGAGGUCAUCUAUCACGUUUUUCACACGUUGCUUUUUGGAGGCCUGACUCUGGUCUUCGAUGGGAUGAAGUAUUUGUGGACGCCAUACGUCUGCAUGUUCACAGCGUUCGGUGUGUGUUCUCCUGACCUCUGGAUGACUGUGUUUAAGUGGCUUAAACUGAGGUCCAUUCACCCGGUGGUGCUGUCUCUGAUCCUGAGCACAGCCGUUCCCACCAUCAUUGGUUUCAGUUUAUGGAGAGAGUACUGCCCGCGGGUCUUAACGGAUCUGUCCGAGCUGCAGGAGUUCUACGACCCAGAUACAGUGGAGCUGAUCAGCUGGAUCAGGUCACAGGCUCCAGUGGCAGCUGUGUUUGCAGGAAGUCCUCAGCUGCUGGGAACAGUGAAGCUGUGUUCAGGCUCAGCUGUGACCACUUUACCCCUUUACUCUGACAUCAACCUGCUGAGGAGGAGCGAAGACUCUUAUCAGGUGUAUGCAAUGAGAUCUGCAGAGGACAUCUACAAGAUCCUGACGUCUCAAAAGACAAACUACGUGAUCAUAGAGGAGUCGAUUUGUACAGAGCUUACUCUCAACAAGGGCUGUAGGAUCAAAGACCUGCUGGACAUCGCCAAUGGACAUGUCGUCUAUGACAAAGGGGAGAUCUACUCCUUCUCCAAGCACGGGCGAUUCUGCCACGAAAUCAAAAUGAACUACUCCCCGUACACAAACUACUUCACCAGGGUUUUCUGGAAUCGCUCGUACCACGUGUACAAAGUGAACUCUGUCAUCUCUUUUCAGUACUGACGGCAGCUCCUCACUUCCUGCUGAGACCUAACUGAGCCUGACUUCUCUUCUCUGGUGUUUUUUUUACAUCACGUCCACCACGAUGCACGGGGGACUGCGAUGUGUUUCUGCGCCUGUGUGCUUAGGAAAAUGUUAAAUCACUGUUGGGGCAUUGACACAUUAGAACCAACUGGAACCAGCUGAGCACGUUGUUGGGCUCAUGUUUGUUUAAAGUCAACAUAAAUGGACCCUGUCGAAGUUGGAAUGUGCCAUGUUGAUUUGUGAACUGUUUUAUAAGCCAUGCCUUACUGUCACUGUCUCUGCGAAGGUUUUAAUGCAGGAUUUAUUUGGAGGUCUGUGUUUUUAACUCUGUACAGAAGCAGAGAGCAGCUGAGGCUACUGAAAUAUGUUGAGUGUUUAUCUCGCACAAAGAUAAAGACACAAAUUUUGCCUUUAAGUCUAUUUUAUGUUUGUUUGUCUGUGAUGUUGAUUCAUACUGUUAUUAUAAUAUAUGUUGAUUUAAAAAAAUGUGUUUUAAAUGUCUCAUGACCCUCAGAUAACCGUGGUCCACCCGUCUUUACUCGUAACGUUUGCCUUGUUUCCGAAAGAGAAUUGUUGUUUUUUUCAAGAAGAUUAAUUAAGAGGACCUAUGCAUACUGUUAUUAGUUCAAACCACCAUUUUUAUUGUGAUAAUGUGUCCUGAUCUAGAGACGAUUGUUGGAUUUUAAUUAUGAUGAACAAGAACAUGUGAUAAUGUUCUGAUCAACUUUGUUUCUAAAUCUACUCAUGCAGGACAUGUGUCUUCAGUAGAGUACUGCUUCUCAUGAGCUUCGAUAGAGGGAAGGUGUCUGUCUGUAUUCUGCUGAUGGUUUGAUGUGUCUCGUAAAACGGAAGUUGGCAAGUAAGACCAGAACUCAUUGAUAUGAAUCUGGUUCUGAAGCUGCUCAUGUUCUCUACAUCAUGAUGGCUUAUAUUCAAAUGUGGGGAGUUGUCAGGUUCCAUCUUUUUAUUGAUCAAACCUCCACCAAGGUCCAACAGUCACUCAUAAACAUCCGUCUCCUAAACGUGUUUUAUUUGUUUCAUCAUGAUUCGCGAGUUUCUCUCUGAAAAUCAAGGAAAAUGUUGAAAACCCUAAAGAGAUAAAAGCUGAUCCUGGAUAAGCCCCUGAUCUGCUCCUGAGUUUCAUGAGUUCUUCUCUGACCCACAACACAUCCUUCCACUGAGUUUACUGAUAACAACUCAUUCACAGUUGUUGAUCUUUAUUAUUUUCUGCUGAUCAGGUCAUAAGUUAAAUGUCUUUUCAGCACUACAGUAUAUAAAUGUCUUCUAACUUUGACUCUGUGUUUGUGUGAAUCUAAUCUAACGUGUAAUUCUCUGUUGUGUUUAUUACUUUGUGGACACACUGUGGUCAGCACAGGGACGUUCAUCUGCUGCUCUACGGCUUCUUUUAUAUAUUUAAGGUUCAAACUAAUCAUUCUUGUUGAUUAAGUAUUUUUUUAAUUAAUCAAUUACUUGUUUAAACUGAAGAAAACAUCAGAAAGAAGUGAAGACUGUUUUUAAUCCAUCAAAAAGUACAAGAAGCAACUAAAUCUUAUAUUUGAUAAACAUCGGCAAACAUUUGAGAUUUUUACUCGAUAAACAUUCUGAUCAUUUAAAAAUGUAUGGAUCACAUGUUUGAUUAAUUAGUAAACAUUUUGGAGUAAGAAUCAUAAUUAUGACUUACAAUGUACAGUGGAGUUAAAACAACUUAAUUUUCAGUGCGAGCGAUUUGGUACAGAUUGCUCACUUAAUUUUAACACUGAUCAGUAGGGGUGCUCUCCCUAUCAUACAGACAGAGAGAGAAAGAAGGACUCUGUAUGUUU